AUGAAUGCUCAACUUAGGUACCGGUCAAUGUUUACAUAUUCUGACACACUCUCAUCACCAGUUAUCGAUAGAGCUUACAACGCAUGCCGCAACGAAGUAAUUUUCAGUGGCAAUCCAUACACAGCAAAAUCAUACUUGCGAAACAUGGGUCUUAAAUAUUACAGAAGACAUAAUUUAUCUCUUGCCAACAGAAAGCGAAGCAUUCCAGCGCCUCCUUCACUAACGUCAAAACAUCACAAAAAUGUUCAGCACUGCAACUGCCGUAGACAAGCACGAAUAAGACAGUAA